UCUUAAGGAUAUACUUCAAUGUCGUCAGUUUUACUCGGAACGGAAAAAACUGUCACGUACAGAUAACUAUUUUGAGACUUCAGUGAACCCUUAUUUAACAAAUAAUUGCCGAUAUGCACCAAAAUUUAUACAUUAUGGAUUAUCUCGCUACAACAGUCGCGCUAUUUUAAAUUAUAAAUGAAAAAUCACAUGAAUAUGCGCUCACAAGUGUACCAAACUUGGAUUGUAUGAUAGCGUUUCAAGAACUAAUAUGGCACAGCGACUCUCCGAGGCGUGAACAGCAUAGAAGUGCACUGUGUACAUUCCAUAGAAAACAUUGGUGAGAGGGACUGUGUUGCUACAAUAUUACACCAUGGCGUUUCUCCUGCAUACAAUUUUAUUUGUAGCGAUUGGUUUCAGUGCCAUAUAUGGAAUUAAGGAUGUUCCACAAAAGCAUAUAGAGGCCAUAAGCGGAGAAACAAUAUAUCUGCCAUGCAAUGUUAGUAUAAACGAAGGAGACGAAGUUGUUUUGAUAUUAUGGUACCGAGAAGAUCGUGGAACGCCAAUUUACAGUGUCGAUAUUCGUGAAGGCGUCAAGAAAUCCAUCAAACGUUGGUCUGACGAAAAUAUAUUUGGAGAAAGAGCUUACUUCAUACUUGAUAAGGAGCCUGGAACACUCUCUAUUCAAAGCACCAUGUAUACCGAUUCCGGAACCUAUAGAUGCAGAGUUGAUUUCUUAAAGGCGCAGACUCGAAAUAGCAAAAUAAUAGUUACAGUUAUAGACCCACCUGACAAAGUAACAAUAUGGGAUGACGCCGGCAUUGAACGAUCAACCGUAGUGGGUCCAUACAGCGAAGGAGAUAUCAUAACGUUGAAAUGUGCAGCUUUUGGAGGAAUACCAUUACCACAAAUAAUAUGGCUACGUGAUGACAACAAAUUAGAAUCGCAAAUGAACUUUGUUCCUGGAAAUAAUUUUGUUGAAAGUGAAGUAACUCUGGGUCCAUUAAAAAGAUCUGAUCUCAACUCACGGAUUUCAUGCAGAGCUAGUAAUCAUCCACGUGCGACACCGAUAGAAGCUGUCGUACAAGUUGAUAUGAACUUUUCACCUCUGGACAUCAGGUUAUUAGGCUCUUAUCAAUCAUUAUCUGCGGGACGACGAUAUGAUUUGUUAUGCCAAAGCGCUGGGUCAAGACCACCUGCGGUAAUUACUUGGUGGCUCGAUGGAAUUAGAAUGGAAAAAACCACUGAAACGACUUCAAGCGACGGAAACCAGACAACCAGUACGUUAUCGAUAUCAUUUAGUAAAAAUGAUGCUGGUAAGUUACUCACUUGUAAAGCAUAUAAUCACGCUGUUCCCUCAGAGCCGCUGGAAGACGGGUGGAAGCUUGACAUACAAUAUGUCCCUGAAGCAUUCGUCCAAUUAGGAACAUCUUUGGAUCCAAAUACAAUAAGAGAGGGAUCUGAUGUAUAUUUCGACUGUUUUGUUGCUGCCCAUCCCCCCGUCUUUAGAAUAGAAUGGAGACAUAACGGUAUGCCUCUGCCAAGGAACAUAUCGCAAGGAGUAAUAAUAAGUAACCAUUCGUUGGUGCUUCAAGGAGUAACAAGAACUACAGCGGGUAAUUACUCUUGUGUUGGCUUCAAUGGCGAAGGUGAAGGAAUAAGUCCAUCCUUUUCACUUAAUAUAUUAUAUGCACCUACUUGCUCGCCGAACCAAACGAGAAUAUAUGGAGUAGCAAAACAAGAAGAUGCUAAAAUCAAAUGCUCUGUUGAUGCAAACCCACCGGAGGUGGACUUCAGUUGGACAUUUAACAAUUCUGCCGAAAGUAUUGAUGUGGCAACUAAUCACAUAUCUCGAAUGGGCACGUCUUCAACGGUGACUUAUACGCCAGUAACAGAACUGGAUUAUGGAACACUUCUAUGUACAGCCGCGAAUAAAAUAGGAAAGCAGAGAAUACCAUGCGUAUUUCAUAUUAUUGCAGCAGGAAGACCAGAUCAGGUUCAUAAUUGCACUUUAACCAACAUAUCAAUGACAUCACUUACUGUGACAUGUUCAGACGGAUUUAAUGGAGGCCUUCCUCAAUUCUUUAUAUUAGAACUGAUUGACGCAAAUACAAACGAUUUAAAAGCAAACAUAACAUCAACUGUUCCACGAUUUACCGUCUCCACCCUAUCUCCAGGAGGUGUUUACAGUUUAUCAGUAUAUGCAUUUAAUUCAAAAGGAAGAUCGGAUCCCACAGUACUAAACGCCGCAAUGUUGAGAAUGCCAGAAAAGCAACUAACGCUGGAUCCAGGUAAUAAAUCCAGAUCGGAUUUCUUCGUUUCACCAAUGAUAUCUCUAACCUUUGGUCUUACAUUGACGAUUUUUGUGGCGGGAUUGGCUGUGGUUUUAGCUCUUCGAAUACCAUGCAACAGUAAGAAACGCCAUCAAAAGGAAUUUUGUCACGAACAUAACACUCGCAGUGACUCUCCAAAUCCAAGCGAAAAAAGUACAGAAGGUAAAGAUAUUGAUGUCAAUGACGAGGAGAAAAAUCCCGAUGUUGUGCCCGAAACUACAGACUCUGACGUACAAAUUAAUUGCGCUAACAGAACGCAACAUAUAUCAAUUAUUGAGUCCAGCCGCAGCCCUAAUAAGGACCUUUCAUCAAAUAAUCAACAACCACAACAAUACACGAUAGGAAGUGCUUCUAAUUCUCUUCGCAGUAUUGGCUACUGCACACUGCGAAAUGGCGCACAUGCUUCUUCCGCUAUAGGCAAUUUAUCAAUGAAUAUAAAUCAACAGCAGUAUGGAAAUCAAGUGUCACAAUACACUUUACCGAGGCAUCAACACAUCUGGUCGAACUACAACAAUAUGAUGUCUGGGGGCAGGUAUAACCACCCUAUAACAACUAUUCAUCAACAGUCUCUUCCAUCAACUGUGAAUCCUUCCCAAUUGUCAUAUUUCACCGAGUCUGUAGUGCCUGCGACUAUCAGCCCAAUACCUAAUUCUACUAUGUCGCCGCUUAUGCGCACCUUACAUCUACAGCAAUUGUCGCAAAAACAGUCUCAACAACCAAAGAUUUGUAUUGAAGGAGGCCAGUCUAGCAUUCUUACAAUGGAUCCGAGCAGUUUGUCGGAUGAUGAAAUAAAUGUUCAAACGCCUCUUAUGGUAAAAAGAGGAAGUGCAGCAUGACUAUAGGAUUCCGACAGGGUUGGUGACACAGCCCUGUGACAAAUCCUAUAUUAAGACGCAUUAUAAACAUUGCGUUACCUAAUCUGAACCACCAAAAAUAUAUAAAUCAAUCAACGGCAACAUUCAAAUGUUUUUAUAAAGCAUUUUUUAUGAAUAAUAAUAAAACUCAGGUUUUGCUUUUGUUUACAAAUUUAACCUGUGUCAGAUUAUUUCCAUUUUAAAAGACAAUGUAUAUCACCUUAAUUUAUAUUGUAUUACUGCAGAUUGUAUAUAGAAUAUAUAUUUUUACUACGUUAUGUUGACUUAUUGUUAUUUUUUCAACUUGUAUAUGGACACAGCC